AUGUUUCCGGGCUUGGCCGCUGCUGCGGUGCACAGGUGCAGCUGGGCGACGCUGUGCAGGCUGGGGGGGAGCCGGGCAGUGGCCUGCGGCUGCAGCCAUAGACGGAAGAAUUUAAUGACAUUUGGAAGCUUCACAUACAUGGUUCCCAAUGGUUACCCACAUGUUUGUACUCUAAAUAGAGUCAGGUUGUACUCUACAGAUGUCCACAACGGAGGGCAGGGACCACAAGCUCCAAGAGCUGAAAAAGUCCCAGCACCCAAGGAAGCAGCCGAAAAUAUAGGCGCAGAACUCAAAGCCCCACUUAAACAAGAUCCUCUCCAAGUAAGAGUCAAAGCAGUUCUUAAGAAAAGGAAGUAUGGAUCAAAAUACACUAAGAAUAAUUUCAUCACUGGAGUAAGAGUAAUAAAUGAGUUCUAUCUUAAAUCCACUGAUUUAGAACAACUUCGAAAAAUCAGACGACGAAGUCCCCACGAUGAUACUGUGUUCUUGAGGUCAGAUGUAGAAGCAAAAGCUUUGGAAGUUUGGGGAAGCCUUGAAGCUCUUGCCAGGGAGAAAAAAUUGCAUAAAGAAGCAGAAAUAGAAUACAGAGAAUGGUUGUUUAGAAACCAAAAAAUAUUAAGAGAAUAUGGUGAUUUAUUGGGCAACACAAAGCCACAAUCCAGAGCUGUGUCAGUGUUUCUUAAAGGACCGGGAAAAGUGGUGAUGGUUGCUAUCUGCAUUAAUGGCUUAAACUGCUUCUUUAAAUUCCUGGCUUGGAUUUACACGGGUUCAGCAAGCAUGUUCUCUGAAGCUACACACUCAUUAUCUGACACUUGCAACCAGGAUUUGCUAGCACUAGGCAGCAGCAGGUCUAUUCAAACACCAGACCCUUCUCACCCAUAUGGCUUUUCAAAUAUGCACUAUAUUUCUUCACUGAUUAGUGGUGUUGGUAUUUUCAUGAUGGGCGCAGGACUCUCUUGGUACCAUGGAAUCAUGGGAUUGCUUCAUCCUCAACCAAUGGAAUCCCUUCUAUGGACAUAUUGUAUUUUAGCAGGAUCUUUGGUGUCUGAAGGAGCAACACUUCUUGUUGCCAUAAAUGAACUUCCAAGGAGCGCUCAGGCCAAAGGAACAUCAUUUUAUAAGUAUGUCAUGGAAAGUCGUGAUGCCAGUACAAAUGUUAUACUAUUGGAGUAUACCACAGAUAUGGGCUUAGGGAAAGUCAGAUAUAAGGCAGAAGUUGAUUUUGAUGGACGAGUUGUUACACGAUCAUACUUGGAAAAGCAGGAUUUUGACCACAUGCUGCAAGAAAUUCAAGAAGUAAAAACUCCUGAACAAUUAGAGGCCUUUAUGCUUAAACAUGGAGAAAAUAUUAUUGAUACUCUAGGAGCUGAAGUGGACAGGCUUGAGAAGGAGCUAAAAAAAUGA